ACCGAAUCUAAUACCUUAGUCUAUCAAAUACAAACAUGGCAACAUUGAUGAAACCAUCAGAAAAUAUAGUUUCUCAGUCAUGCUGCACUCCCCAGUUCAGUUCCCAAGUAUCUCCUUGUGAUUUGAGCAUUGCUUUAAUUCGAGAAUUUUUAGCUGCUCGAGGAUUGGAAAAAACUCUGGUCUGUUUCAAGACUGAAGUAAAGAAUAUGCCAUCCAUAUCGAGUCGAGCAGCACUUGCUACCCAUUUGAACAUUACCAAAGCUGUUGCAUCCAACAAAACAGCAGAUAUGCCUUUUGAAACUUACCUGGAGAUACUAAUUGACCAGAUCUUGACAAGAACCGCGAAACUUGCAUCCAAGUCCAAUAUAAAGUCUCGUAAAGAGUCUAUUAUGCAAAGCAAUUCGCCCCAUUCAUCAACCAGCUCUACCUGUACAAAACAUACUAAACCAACUUCUAGCUCAAAAGAAAGACCUUUUUCUGCAGUGUCCGCUCUUAUUCACGCAACAACUCCAAGCGAGGCUCACAAGUCAAUUAUUGGUCGUCAUAUAUCUAAUCAACAUCAAACUUGCAAUAAUUCGGAUUCAACUCUUUCCAUACAAGAUAUUGAUAUCCAAAUGCAAGAGAUUGUAAACCGUAAAGUAGACCCCCACUCUUUCACUACUCGCCAAUCUACUAGUGUAUCUCCGCUCCCCGACCCAUCUUCAUUUCUAAAACUCUCUACCAAUAGAAAUAAUGGUGGUUUAAAUUCCCGUGCCGGUAACCCCAAUCUACACACAGAUAUUCAAAUCAUUGACGAUUUGGAGUUUUCAGAUGAGGAAACAACGUAUUUGGAUGGGCCAUGCGCAUCGGCUUGGAAUCAAAGUCAAGGAUCACGCAUUUCACCCUAUUUGGCUAAUGAGCUAAAGAAGCUUUUAUUUUUAAAUGAAAAUGUACGAGGCCGUUGGUGGUUUGGUGAUGAAUGGCGAAACAAGGGGUUUAUUUUUCAAGAUAAAAUCGAUCUGGCAUAUGGUCUUGUUCAAGUCAAGGGGGGUCCAUGCGGUUUGCUUGCGUCUGUACAAGCAUUUGUCAUCAAGCAUCUGCUACAUUCAAAGGAUUUUUCGGCAAUCAAGCAAAAUCGUUUGCGUCCAACCAGGCUUCAAUCAAAUCUUGCCCUUGCGCAUGCGCUUGCGGAUAUGAUCUGGCAAGCAGGACAGACACACCAUCGGGCAACGGUAGUCAUAUCUUUGCCAGACGCUACAUUGGCGGAUACAAUUACGGAUGGCAUGGAAUACCAUACAUUUGAUACGCUUAAAGCAACCAAAGACUUUAUUGAUGCUCAUAUUGACCAGUUCAUGUCAAGUGAUACAAGGAGCAAUGGAAUUAUUCAAUUUCUUUUUUCGUUGAUACUUUCGCGGAGUGUGUCUGCUAUCCAACAAGACAUGGAUGAUCCAGAUGGAAAACUGAUGGGUCGGCACGGAUAUUGCACGCAGGAUAUGGUUAAUUUGGCUUUAAAUGGUGUGGCUACAUCCAACGUUCACGAUGGUAAUAUAGAUUUAGGAAAUGAAACUAUUCUCAAAGGUAUUAAGAAACAAUCAGUAAUUGGACAGCUUUCUUUAUUUGAGCAUUACAACAACAUCAAGGUUGGCGAAUUCAUGAAAAUUCCUAUACUUCCAAUAUUCGUUAUAUGUUCCGAAUCCCAUUAUACCACUCUAUUUAGUUUGAAUCCAGUGCCAAAGUCUCGCCAAGAGUUACAAUCCAUCGCGUCAUUUGAGCUGUUUUAUUACGAUGGAUUGGCCAAUCAGCAGGAGGAGAUCAGACUAACAGUAAUGUCAAUGGCAAGACAUCAAUCAAGCACUACAACCAUAGGUGUGCCCAAAAACCGUACUGAUCUGAUUCCACCUCUAGAGCUAUGUAUACGAACCAAGUGGAUUGAUUGCGUGGUGGAUUGGAAUGGAACCGAGCCUUUGCUAUGAUGGCAUCGAGCUGGUGCCAAGAUAUUCAAUAAAAAUAGAGUUUUUGAAG